AUGUCGGAGAAGGCAGUGACCAUCAGAACCCGAAAGUUCAUGACCAACAGACUUCUCUCAAGGAAGCAGUUCGUUAUUGAUGUUCUUCACCCUGGUAGAGCCAAUGUUUCAAAGGCUGAGCUGAAGGAGAAGCUAGCAAGGAUGUACGAGGUCAAGGACCCAAAUGCCAUCUUUGUUUUCAAAUUCAGAACCCACUUUGGAGGUGGUAAAUCUUCUGGGUUUGGUUUGAUCUAUGACAAUGUCGAAAAUGCAAAGAAAUUCGAACCCAAGUAUAGACUUAUCCGGAAUGGUCUUGACACCAAGAUUGAGAAAUCGAGGAAACAAAUUAAGGAAAGGAAGAACCGUGCCAAGAAGAUACGUGGUGUUAAGAAGGUGAGAGAGACCUACUGUUACUAA